UAAUUCCAUUUAAUGUCAUUUAUUGAUUUAUUUUUUAUUAAAAAGUAUUUAUAUUUGUGCCGUUGAAGUGUUAGCAGACGCAUUAAGCAUAAUUAAUUAUUAGAAUUAUGUUAAAAAUAUAUAUAAAACAUUUCUACUUUUAUACGAAAUGAAUUGGUCAAGUUUAGAACUUGGUUCUGAAGCCAUAAUAGGCUCUUUGCUGGCCUUAACUGCGUUGUUUUUCUUUUGUCGCAGCUUAUUAGUGGAGGAUGUUGUCUGUAUACCAGGAAAAACACGUCAUAGUUGGAAAUCUAUUAAAAUUCUAAAUAAGCCAUGCUAUUGCAAUGCAUGUGAAGUAUUGCUCACACCUUCUGCGGGACUGUUUUGCGAUUGUUGUGGCUUAUGCACCCAUUCCGCACCUGUCUGUACCAAACUAAUAGACAGCAAAUAUCGCUGUAAAGAUAAAUUCCUGCGUAAUGAAACAUCACUAACUCAUCUUUGGGUACAUGGAAACUUACCAUUAGGAAUUACGUGCAGUGCUUGCAAUGAUGAAAUCGACUACCAGGCUACACCUGGAUUAUUUGGUUGGCGUUGUUGCUGGUGUCAACGUUCAUACCAUAACAAUUGCUAUAAACAAGUGGAUGUGAGAGGCAAAUGUGAUUUAGGCGAAUUUAAGGAUUUAAUAUUUCCACCAUAUUCCGUUGUUGCGGCACGCACUCGAGAAUCUGUACGUUUGCAUUUAGCUGGUAUAAAGCCACCAGAUAUCGAAAAUUGGGAACCACUUAUUGUUAUUGCAAAUACACGAUCUGGCAGCAGCACUGCGGCAGAUGUGUUAUCACUACUACGUGGAUAUUUGCAUCCAUUACAAGUGAUGCAACUCUGCACACGUGGGCCACAUGAUGCUCUACAAUGGGCCAUUAAAGCUCAACCACGACCAUGCCGUAUACUUGUAGCUGGAGGAGAUGGUACAAUUGGUUGGGUACUGAAUACAAUAUAUAGCUUAGGCAUAAAGCCCAUACCAGCAGUAGCUAUUCUGCCACUUGGCACUGGAAAUGAUUUGUCACGUAUACUUGGUUGGGGAGCAGAACCACCGGAAUUAGAUCCUAUACAGAUAUUAAAAAAUGUAAAACGUGCACGGGGUAUUAAUUUAGAUCGAUAUGAUUUACAAAUUGAAAAGCUACAUUAUCGUUUACCCAUAAAAAGACAUCCCAUGAAAACUAUACACGUCUAUAACUAUUUUAGUAUUGGUGUUGACGCGCUGGUAACGUAUAAUUUUCAUAAGACGCGUGAGUCGAGAUUUUAUGUGCUAAGCAGUAGACUUUUUAAUAAGCUACUCUACUUUACUUUUGGUACACAACAAAUAGUUCAACGGGAUUGCGAGAAUAUUGAACAAAACUUCGAUCUUUAUAUGGAUAGUCAAAUGAUUUCGCUGCCACCUCUGCAGUCUAUUGUUUUUCUUAACAUUGAUUCUUGGGGCGCCGGUUGCAAAUUAUGCGCACUUUGGAAUGCAGAUUCAAAUGUUAAAAUGAUAAAUUGCAUCUCAGACAGCAGUUUAGAAGUUUUUGGUAUCGUGUCUUCUUUCCACAUGGCACAGCUACAAUGUGGCAUUAGUAAGCCUGUACGAAUUGGACAAGCUAAGCAAAUCAGAAUUGUUGUUAAAAAUCCGUGUCAUAUGCAAGCAGAUGGAGAGCCAUGGUUGCAGCAACCUGCCGACAUACAUUUGCAAUCACGCAGUCAAGCACGUAUGCUUAGAUUGGACGAAGGAAAUUCGAGUGAUUUGAGUGAUUCCUAAACAGUACUUAACACAAAAUAUAUGAGGGCUAUUAGAAGUUAUUAAGGUCAUGUCGUUAAUUGAAACAACUAAGUCAAAUAUAUCAAAUUGCUAACUAAAAAGAAUCGGAGAAAUAAUAAAAGGAUGUCAAACCUCAGAAGUAUAGAGAAAUAACAAAAGGAUGUAUAAAGUAAAAGUACGUCUACGAUAAGAAAAAAAUAUGAAAAAAACCAAAUCAAAUAUAAAAUAUAUUGCCAAGUUAAUAUAUGAGGGCUAUUAGAAGUUAUUAAGGUCAUGUCGUUAAUUGAAACAACUAAGUCAAAUAUAUCAAAUUGCUAACUAAAAAGAAUCGGAGAAAUAAUAAAAGGAUGUCAAACCUCAGAAGUAUAGAGAAAUAACAAAAGGAUGUAUAAAGUAAAAGUACGUCUACGAUAAGAAAAAAAUAUGAAAAAAACCAAAUCAAAUAUAAAAUAUAUUGCCAAGUUAAUUAAACUGAAGAAAUAAUAAAAGCAUGUAAAAAUUAAAAGCACUUCUAUGAUAAGAAAAAAAUAUGGAGAAACUAAGACAUAAAAUGCCAAAUAAUAUUAAAUUGGAUAAUUAAUAGAAGGAAGUAAAAAUUACGUUAUAAUUAGCAAAAAAGUAAUAUUUGAGAAAUAUACAAAAACUAUAUAAACUUAAGUGGAUUAAUAUGCCAAAUAGAGUAAAACAAGAUUUAAUAUGAAAUAUAAUGAAU